AUGAAGGAGGAAGCCUGGAGGAGAUGAUGUUCUUUAACACAAGAAGACAGCCAACUGGAAGAUUCCUACAUGCUGCCAUAGAGAAAAAUACCCCACUGCCAUUGUGAAAUUAUUUCCUGUCUGCAGGGAACCAUAUUCCACUAAAGGCUAUGGAAAACAUUUCUUUAUAAUUAUUGUAAAAAGUUGUGAGUGAGUUACCUUUUAGAGGAAGAGUUUGUAUAAAUGUAUAAGGUUUACCCAGAUCAUGUGAUGUUAAUGAUGUUUCCAAAAUCAGGAAAAGUUAUUUGUUUAAGGCUUGGAAAAUGUCUGAAUUUGUCAUUUUGGGUUAAAUUACACUGUGAAAUGAAUCCUAAGAGUGUGGGGAAUUUAGUCAGUGAAAUAGAGACAGGAAAUAGAUACAAAGGGGCCAGGUCAUUGGACCUGUUUCGGGUAUCUACAUGAUUUUAUACAGUUCCCUGCUGCCACAUGAUUGGCUGAUUAGAUAACUGCAUGAAUGGACAGGUGUUCCUAAUAAAGUGGACAGUAAGUGUGUUUAUCCUCAGGAGACUCUGUAAUGUGGUACACUGAGCCUUGUUUGUGUUUAAUAACACUGAUUAGUUGAGUUAUUUAUUGUAUUUCUGUAGUUAUAAGAAGGACAGUGUUGGUGUUGCAGCAGCUGUGGAGUGACAUCACAACAGAAUUGGAAUCAGGUUCUGUGAUGUCAUGGAGAAGAAGCAGGUCUUUUUUUCAGCUGCUGAAGAUUUGCUCAUUUUCUGCUUUAAGGACUCCAUUGUUCAGUAGAGGGAGAUUUCUGCUGUUAAAACUGAAAGGUGAACUCUACAGUAAUGAUUGCUACAAUUCUCUUAAGGAACAACUUGACGAGACAGCUCGGACGUGUUAUGAACCAGGAGCGCUGGUGUGUUCCUCUGGCCAGACUUUUACACACCGUCCCCGCUGAGAAUGAACGGCGCAAAGCCGUUGUUAAAAAGGAAGUCGAUUUCGGUGUCAGAUGUUUCAAUGCAGGGAAUAUCUAUGCACCCAGACAAUUCGGCCUGGUUGGAAAUCAAUGGUUAUUCAAACAAGGGUCAGUCCUAAAUAACUCAUUGUCUCUGACCUCACGGAUCGGCCAGCCAUGCUUUCAGAAUUGCAAAAGCGUGGUGAAGACAUCGUUUGUACGUGAAUAUUGUACACCUCAAGAUGGAAAAGGACCUAAUGAGAAGAAGGUACCAUUUCCUGGUCCUCUGAUGAGUGAUAAGAUACAGAAGGACGACCUGAUCAGGUUUAUUCAGGGGAAAAGUCAGGAGUGUUUCCAACAGCUGAAUGACCCUGAUCAACAGACCUUCUAUUUCUUCUGGCUGAUUAUGGAACUCUUCUAUAAACGAAAUGGAAGAGUGAUGAUGGCUGAAAUCGCCCCAGUCAUCUUCAAGGGCUACAGGGAUGUGAGGAGAAAGCUCGGAUCGGCUAAGGACCUGACAGACUGGUGUAUUCCUCUGGCACGUCUUUUAUGCUCCAGGGCUACAGAAGAGGAAAAGCGAAAAGCCAUUGUUAAAAUGGGAGAUGAUUUCGUUUCCAGAGGAUGGGCCUUUGCAGGACACAUCUGCUAUGUGGUGGCACGCAUGGAGCUGGGAUUACGUGAUACAUUUGACCUGAUCGGAUAUAAUCUGUUACACGUAUAUCAGUCAGCCCCACAGGAUGUGAUGGAGAGAACUGAGGUCUAUGAGCAUGCAAUGUCUCUGACCUCAGGGAUCGGCCAGCCACACUUCCAGCCAUUCAAGUACCUUUACGCCCUCAAGCUAGCCAAGGACGGACUUUCUGAUCAAGCACUCGAGUACUGUGAAGGAAUCGCUAAAAGCAUCUUCACAAUGCCUCGGCACGUCAGCAGCUAUUUAAUUGAAAACAUUAUAAAGCUUUCUCAUAAUUUGCUUCAAAAGAAGGCAGAAGAAACCGAGUGGCUGCUGACACUUUGCCGGCUGCACAAAGCAGGUCGUGUACCUCGUCCUAACGAUUCUGUUGACCCGGAGCAGCCCAGCUCGUCUGAGAAAUUCCAAGAGUCAGGUUCACGGUACAGUGUAGGAGAUCUGUUGUGGAAAAGAAUCUUCUGCACCGUCUACGCUGAAACAGAUGAGGCAGAUAAGAGACCGAAUUGCAAAAGCGAAGCAAAGACAUCAUUUGAGCAUGAAGAUUGUACACUUCAGGAUGAAAAAGGACUGAAUGAGAAGAAGCUACCAUUUCAUGGCUCUCUGAUGAGUGAUAAGAUACAGAAGGACGACCUGAUCAGGUUUAUUCAGGGGAAAAGUCAGGAGUGUUUCCAACAGCUGAAUGACCCUGAUCAACAGAAAUUGUAUUUCUUCUGGCUGAUUAUGGAACUCUUCUAUAAACGAAAUGGAAGAGUGAUGAUGGCUGAAAUCGCCCCAGUCAUCUUCAAGGGCUACAGGGAUGUGAGGAGAAAGUAUCCUGUGGACUAA